GGAAAAAAUAAUACAUUAUUCAAGUCUCAAGAAUCUUACAGUGAGGGCAGUUACGUUACUCGUUAAAGACCAUUUGAAAGUCCAGUUAGGCCUUCAUAAAAAGGCUUGCCACCGCUUUCUCUCCCUACAUUUGAGCUGCAGAUCUAGAGAGAAGUGGGUAAAUCUGCAAAUUGACGAAAUGGAGCUCUGUUUCAGAUCUUUAAGCCAAAUUCCAACUCCCAUCAUUUUGCUGUUUUUCUUGCUUUCUUGCUUCAGCUUCAAUACAUCAGUAGCCUAUGACCCGCUUGAUCCUAAUGGAAAUAUCACAAUUAAAUGGGAUAUCAUCAGUUGGACUCCCGAUGGCUAUGUUGCUGUGGUGACAAUGUUUAACUUCCAACAAUAUCGUCACAUUCAAGCACCAGGUUGGACUUUGGGAUGGACGUGGGCGAAGAAGGAGGUGAUAUGGAGCAUGAUGGGUGCCCAAACAACAGAGCAAGGAGAUUGUUCGAAGUAUAAAGGGAAUAUUCCACAUUGCUGUAAAAAAGAUCCAACGGUUGUUGACCUACUGCCUGGAACUCCAUAUAACCAACAGAUUGCAAAUUGUUGCAAAGGAGGGGUAAUUAAUUCAUGGGUCCAAGAUCCGUCCAAUGCUGCAAGCUCAUUCCAGGUUAGCGUUGGUGCGGCUGGAACCACCAACAAAACUGUUAGAGUGCCGAAGAACUUCACUUUGAAAGCACCAGGGCCAGGCUAUACUUGUGGACCUGCAAAAGUAGGGAAACCUACGAAGUUUGUCUCCCAAGAUGGGAGAAGACAGACACAAGCAAUGAUGACAUGGAAUGUUACAUGCACAUAUUCACAGUUUCUGGCCCAAAAAACUCCGACUUGCUGUGUCUCACUCUCAUCCUUCUACAACGAUACUAUUGUUCCAUGCCCAACUUGCACUUGUGGAUGCCAAAAUAAUGGUACUCAGCCGGGAAGUUGUGUGAAUCCUGACAUGCCACACCUUGCUUCAGUUGUUUCAAACCAUGGGAAGAAUAAUUUUGCACCUCUAGUCCAAUGCACCAGCCAUAUGUGCCCCAUUCGAGUCCACUGGCACGUCAAACUGAACUACAAGGACUACUGGAGGGUGAAGGUUACAAUUACGAACUUCAAUUACAGGAUGAAUUAUACGCAGUGGAACUUGGUCGUGCAACAUCCCAAUUUCGACAAUCUAACUCAGUUAUUCAGCUUUAACUACAAGCCAUUAACUCCUUAUCAAGAUAUAAACGAUACUGCGAUGUUAUGGGGUGUUAAAUUUUACAACGAUUUGCUUUCGCAAGCUGGUCCUCUAGGAAAUGUGCAGUCGGAGCUUCUAUUCCAAAAGGACAAAUCUACUUUCACAUUUGAGAAAGGUUGGGCCUUUCCUCGAAGAAUCUACUUCAAUGGUGACAACUGUGUCAUGCCACCUCCUGAUGCAUAUCCAUAUCUACCAAAUGCCGGUUUCCGCCCAGACGUCUCCUUGCUUGUGCUGGCGAUCACUUUGUUGUCAUCUGUUGCAUUCCACUUCGUACGUAUUUAAGAACUUCUCCAUAUCAAUUUGUGAAGCACAUCAAUUCUAUCUGGAAAAUGGAGCAAGUUGAAGAAUUUACGGACCCAAGCAAUGUCAUUUGUAUAUCCGCGGAUUACAGGCACUAAUUUGUAAGCAAAAAUGUCCCUUUUUACUUUAAUUGUUGGCAAAUUGAUUUCCAUAUUUUCUCGUUCCAUACAAACAUGUUUUUACCUGUGUUUCAAAUCAUGUUGUUUAUAGAGUUUAUUUAUUUAGUCCAUAGUGUUCACUAGAAUUGUAAUAAGAAUAAGAAUAAAUUCAUAAAUUAUAUAGCUGAUUUCAAAUA